AUGGGAGUCAUGGAACUGAUCCACAUGCCAACCUACAAUGAUUUCAAGACCUGUCCUCUAAACUUAGAAGACAACUUGACCACUUUGCAAAUUGGGACGGACAUUCACACACACUCACAGUCGCCCUUCCUUCCCAACCCCGACCACGUGCAGGGCCAUCUCAAGAGGCUCUUGGGGGCCCGCCAGCGACCAGUCCUGCUCCCACGCGCCUCCAUGAACCCCUCGUCCAAACGUGCCCAAGGCGCCAAGUGCAUGUGCACACACAGCGCGCGCACACGCGUGCACACCAAGGGGCCGUGCACCUUCCUCCUGCCCCCCGGACCUGCCCAGCCCUCGUCCCCAAGCUCAGCGGCCUGGAAGGGAGGGCAUCCGGCCCGCAGCGGCCCCGGAGGGAGCAGAGCGCCGCUCUCGGGGGUGCCCACCUGCGAGCUGGGUCGCCGAGGCGGCCCGGGCACCCGCCGGCUGCGCCGUCUCCGAUGCAGGAGACUCUGUGGGCGGCCUGACUCCCGGACCCCAAACGGCUCCUCGCUCCCGGGCAGCGGCUGUCCUCGCUUCCCUUCCUUCCAGCGGAGGAGCCUCCUCCCACCUAUCCCGCAGGAUGGCCGUCCGCACUCACCCCGCGAACGGAGGUGUUGGCACCGCGCGCUGUGCCCUCGCUCUUCCGGCGUCCCGUCACUCCCGCAAGCCGCCUUCCAAAGCCUAGAGGAUGCCUCGUGUCUUGAGGGGAAGGGGGCUGGUGAAGCAGGGUGGAGGGAACACGAGAGAGGAGGCGAAGAAAUUAGCAUGUCAACUGCCAGGGGAUACAAGUUACUGCCUGCGCCUUGUUUCUGUUACACUAAAUACCUGAAUGUGCUGCUCUCCUUGUUAACAACCGCAGCAAUACUCGGAGGCAGAACUGUAAGAUUUCCAAGCUAAUUGGUUGUAGGGGCUCUUAAAAAAUUGAGUGAUGCAGGAGACAGCAGAUUCACUCUUUUUAAAAAGUUACUAUAUAUAUAUAUGUAUGUAUGUAUGUAUGUAUGGCCACAUUUCUAAUUUUAAAAAAUAGUAAAAUACAAAUAACGGAACAGCUGUGUUUUACAGAAACAGAUCCAGUGUGCAUGUGCUACUUAAAUCCUCUGUAAUUAUAUUAAUUGGGUUCGUUUAAAAGUGUAUUUUAGGUAUUACUUGAGAAAACGGGCUCAGAAUUUAGGGAUUAGGAGCCAUAAGUUUUUAAUUUGGCUUUUUGCCAUAGUUCUAAAAUGUCAAUUUCAUGGAAAUUACUAAAUGUGGGUCUGUAGAAAAAUGGGCCCUUUUUCUUCCAUGUUGGCAACAUUUUUAGAUUUGGCAAAGGACAGAUUUUUUUUUAAGCUCAGAAAUAAUAAAAUUGUCAUUCGUUUUUCUAGUGAUGGAGUAUCUGGUCUAGCAGUUUUUUCUUCAGUGUCGUUCUCUUUGAGGCAAACUUCCUUUCUGUUUUCUCUUACAUUUGUUUUCUUCAAAACUCUGUCCCUAAAUAUAAAUAAAGCCUAU